UUGUUUGAGAUCACCGCAGGCGACGAAGUUGAAGAUUUGUAUGAGCUGUUGAAAACUGUGAAGGAACAUCAUCCUCUUGUGCAAGGUGUCUCUGCCGGCGCAAUACUUUCAAGCUACCAAAAGUUACGGGUAGAAGAUGUCUGCCGUCGUUUGAAUUUGACGCCUUUGUGCUAUCUUUGGGAACGUGAUCAAAAGUUUCGUAAUCACAUCGCUGCAGUGCAGCACGAACUGCUGCGAGAAAUGAUCUCGAAUGGUUUCAAUGCAAUAUUGGUGAAAGUAGCUGCUAUCGGACUGAACAAAAAUCAUCUUGGAAAGUCUUUAUCGGAGAUGGAAUCUACUCUGCUGAAGCUCCAUUCGGAAUAUGGCGUUCAUCCAUGCGGUGAAGGUGGCGAGUAUGAAACAUUCGUGCUUGACUGUCCAUUAUUCAAUAGGGCAAUUGUUGUCGAUGCGCACGAGGUCUGUCAGCUACUAGAAUAA